AUGGUAAGGCUUUCACUUGUUGGUGUAGUGUCCAAGGUGGGGGCUAUGACGAAGACCACCACUGUCAUGGUCACUCGAUUCGUUGAGCAUCCAGUGACUCGGAAGCUCGUCCCGCGGAGCAACAAGUACCUGGUACAUGACCCCGAACACCGUUGCCAGUUAGAGGAUCGUGUGCUCAUAAGGCAUUGUGCCCCCGUGUCCGCACGCAAGCAUUUCUCUCUCGAGCAGAUAAUUGACAGCCCUCGUUCACGAUCAAAAAGCGCUUCCCCAGUUCCUGGAUAUUCUCAAUAUUCCCAAUAA